CUUUGGAGGUCCGGCCAACUCCUUCUCCGAUUACAUUGGAGACGGACCCAGGAGAUAAUUCUUCGAAUGACACUACUGUGCCAGAAUCUCAAGACCUUAUGGUGGAGGAUGGGCUUGCGGCUGCACAUAAUUUCGAAAAUCUAUCUUCUCUUGGGGGGGACCAGAAGAUUGAGGAUGUGGAAAUUAUGGAGGCUUCGUCCUCUCCGGCGGUCGCUGCUAUGCAGUUUGCCCGGCAUGAUGCCAAAUGUUGAGCUGAGGUUUCUCUACCUCUUUUCCUCUCCUUUUCUUUUGAUUAUGCGUCUCUUAUCUUGGAAUUGUAGGGGAGCGGGAAACAUGAAGUUUACACAUGAAUUGAAGGAGUUGAUUCGGGUGCACAAUCCUGAUAUAAUUAUCAUUGCCGAGCCUCGCAUUAGUGGUGCAAGGGCGGAUACAGUUUGCGAGAAAGCAUAUGAUCGUUUAAGUUGGAAGUUCAUCGCAGAUACACUUGCUCUUGUUGGUAUUCCGAACAAAUUGCGAGGUAUUAUUAUGGACUGCAUUUCUUCUGCAUCUAUGCAAAUCCUCUGGAAUGGUAUUCCUACAGAAAGCUUUGCCAUGGGUCGGGACAUUCGUCAAGGCUGCCCACUAUCUCCGUAUAUUUUUGUCCUUUGCGUGGAGCGUUUAGCUCAUCUUAUAUCUGAUUCAGUUCGGGCAAGAAGAUGGCACCCCAUGCGAGUUGGAGAUCAUGGUCCAUUCAUAUCUCAUCUUCUGUUUGCAGAUGAUCUCCUCUUAUUUGCUGAGGCCUCUGAGGGUCAGAUGGUUGAGUUAUAUUCAGUUCUUGACCAGUUUUGUAGUGCUUCCUGUCAAGUGGUUAGUUCUGCAAAGACGGUUGGUUAUUUUUCAAAAAACGUGGCUGACUCUCAACAGCUUCAGAUUCUCUCUCACAGCUCUCUCUAGAGCUGACAAUAUUGGGAGGUAUCUUGGGGUUCCUAUUGUACAUGGCAGGGCACGAAAGUCUCACUUUGAUUCGGUGGUGUCCCGAGUGAGGUCAAGGCUUAAAGGCUGGUCGGCUUCCACUCUUUCGAUGGCUGGACGUGCUACUCUUUUUUAGUCUGUGCUUCUAGAUAUUCCUUCUUAUACCAUGCAGACUAUGAGAGGCUUCCUAAGAGUAUUUGAAACGACAUUGAGAGACUAUGCAGAGACUUCCUCUGGGGACAUUCUUCAGAUCAGUGCAAAGUUCAUCUUGUUCGGUAGGAUGUCAUCAAUCAGUCCAAGUCUUGCGGAGGACUAGGUCUCCGUCAAGUUUAUGACUUCAAUACUGCUCUUCUGGGCAAGAUAGGUUGGGGCCUUCACACUCGUCCCUCUGAUCUUUGGGUACGUGUACUUAGAGGAAAAUACCAUAGUCGGGAAAGUGACAAUUUUUCUUUGUCAAUUAGGGCUAAGAUUCACGGCUUUGGAGAGCAAUUUCUCAAGCUUGGAAUGCAGUCUGUCAUGGAGUGGGAUGGCUGAUUGGUGAUGGUUGUCGGGCGGGUUUUUGGGAAGAUAAAGAGGUUCAGGAUCAUGGGCCUUUAUUGAAUAGUGAAGUGCAGGAGAUCCCAGCUUCUUAUGUCGGUCAGUCAGUUCGAUUUUUCACUACAACAGAUAGCUCUUGGGAUUAGUCUCGUUUUGCCCGGAUCAUCAAUCAUUCUGCCCGCCUUCGAAUUGUUGCCACACACCCUCCUUCUCUUUUGGCAGGACAGGAUGAUCUAAUAUGGCAUCCUAGUACCUCUGAAGCAUAUACGGUAGCCUCGGCUUAUGAUUUUAUUUCAAGCCAACCCUCUCAAGGAACUGAUCUGUUGUGGAAAUAUAUCUGGCACUGGGAGGGACCAAAACGGAUACGCCAGUUUCUAUGGCUGGCUGCUCACAACCGACUCUUUACUCAGGAGUUUUGGGUACGAUGUCAUCUUACAGACUCUUCCACUUGACGCUAGUGAAUCGGUUAUCUACGUUUUACGUAAUUGUUCUUUUGCCAAGACUACUUGGAUGAGGCUACUAGCUCAGUCCUCUUGCUAAGCUUUCUUUCUCCCUUUCCCUCCAUGACUGGCUCCUUUCAAACCUUCGGCCCACGCUGCGUGUUGCAAACUCGGUGAGUUGGUCAAUCAUCUUUGGGGUUGGUUGUUGGCUCUUGUGGAAUUGGAGAAAUAAAGAAUUGUUUCAGGAGGAUUUUCAUAGACCAUUUGAUGAGGCAACCCGUAUCAUGGACAUCUCUAAGAGUUUCACUCAGGCUCGAGGUUGUCAGGUUCAAGCUGAUCCUCUCUCUCAGGAAAAUAUUGGAGUUUUAUUGGCUGGUCUCGUUCACUGACUUGCUGGGUCAAAUUAAAUUCGGAUGGUGCUGCUCGUGGUAAUCCUGGUCUUAUUGGAGCGGGUGACAUUAUUCGAGAUGAAGCAGGGAAUUGGCUUGAUGGUUACAUGCACAAUAUCGGUCAUCCAACGGUGACAGUUGAACUCUGGGGUGUCAUCUCGGGACUUAAUCUUGCUUGGUCUCUGGGUUGUAAACGGAUUAUUCUCGAAGUCGAUUCUCUUCUUGUUAGAGGUUGGAUUACGGGAAUGGUGGCUUCCGGUCCAUUUCAUAGUUCGUUGGUUAAUGAUAUCAAGAGCUUAUUUAUGAAGGAUUGGGAGUGAGAAGAGAGAGGAAGGAGAAACCGUGGGAUGGUAUGGAGAUAAAUAGACACUGCACUGCUCAAAGUCAUUCUGAUUGCGCCCUUCUUUCCUCCCUCCACCUCCAGUCCUCCGACUCCGAGCAAGAAGCGAGGCAUCCGUUUCCGGCGCACAUGGCUGAGUGUGGCUGCGAGUACUCCUGCCAGACUGCAGUUCAGACCUUAGACUGGAUCCAGGCCAUCGUCCGCUUCAUCGAACCUUACAUUUUCCUCAUGGAAGCUCACGUCGUCAAUUUCUUUAAGGAUAGGCUGUGGGAAGCUGUUGAUAAGGAAUGGAUGGACUGUUUGCGCGAGGAGUCCGUGCAGAACCUUCUACUGAUUCCCUCCGGAGUGGUCCAGGGUCACUGGCCUGCUUCACUUAAGAAGUUCGUUCACACGCUGAGGUGUCUUUCAUUUCCUAGAGAUCAGGCGGACUUGCAAACGAUGUUCCCGGGUCUGCACGCGGACUCACUCAGCAGUGUACUCAUCCAAGGCAUGAGCAUGAAGAAAAAACAUGAAGUUGAAGUUCUAUCUGCCAUCGUAAGUUUCAUUGCAAAGAGGGUGGGCGCUCACACGAUUAUUGAUGUGGGUGCUGGUCAGGGUUAUCUUGCACAAGUACUUUCCUUCCAGUACCAGCACUCAGUAGUUGCCAUUGAUGCCUCUUCUCACCAUGGAAGGGUUACAGAUGCACGGGCGGAACGAAUUAAGAAGCAUUAUGCAGCUCAAAUGCGAAGAUCUGGAUCAGCAAAUAUGAGCUUGAACAUCCCUAAGACGAUUACAUGCGAAGUUUCCUCUAUCGACAUGUUGAAAGGCCUUAGUAUGAUUCCUAUUCAUAAGGAUGCAAAUGAAAAGCUUGUCAGGCAUGAAAUAGAUGGGAGAAAACCAGAUUCCGUGUCUGAUGCAUCCAAUGAUGCCUUACUUGUUCUGGCUGGUCUUCAUUCAUGUGGAGAUCUAUCAGUAACAAUGCUCAGGACCUUUAUUGAGUUAGAUGAUGUCAAAGCAGUUGUUAGCAUAGGCUGUUGUUACAACUUAUUAUCAGAAGUUGGAUCGGAGGAUGAUAGCUGUCAAAGAGGUUUUCCCGUGAGCUCUGGCAUUAAAUCUGCUGGCAUAUCACUUGGAAAAUGUUCACGAGAUCUAGCUUGCCAGAGUGCAGAGAGGUGGAGAAGUCUGAAAGAGGAUUCUGGUCUUCACAAUUUUGAGUUGCAUGCUUUCCGAGCUGCUUUCCAGAUGGUUCUUUUGAGCCACUACCCAGAAGUUAUGGUAACAAGUCCAUCAAUUGGCCGACAAGGGAAGGCCAUGCGGCGCCAACAGCAGAGGAGGAUUCUAGAGUCUUCAUUGAAUCAGGAAUCAAGCUGCAGAGUUGGCUCAGAUUUUGAUAGCAAUGGAAGUUGUAAUAAUAGAAGCACUAUAUGUGAAAGAGCUCCCAGUGGAACCAACUACAGUAAUUUUGAGGAAUUUAGUUUGUCUGGAUUGCAACGCCUAGGUCUUCAACCUUUGCAAGAUAUGGAUCUCCAUUGGAUAUGGAAAGAACAUGAGCCAUUCAUGGAAUUUAUUGGGCCUUAUUGGUCCCUGAGAGCUGCUAUUGGAGGUGUUUUGGAAACUCUAAUUCUCCUUGAUAGGUUACUGUUCCUCCAGGAGCAAGGAAUUCCCCUAAAAGCAUUCAUGUUACCCAUUUUUGAUCCGUCUUUAUCCCCAAGGAAUGUGGCCAUUGUAGCCAUGAAGAUUUAAGGAGAUGCUAUAAUGUUCUAAUUCCCGAAUUUUUGUGAGAAAUAUGAGGCAGAGUUUGGAAAUUAACUAGCUAAUAUAUGUCUCUCUACGUCUCUCAUUCCGUCUCUAUCAAGUGCGUAAGCUUUGUAAUUGCUGCUAGUCCAUAUUAGUUGUUACUCAAGGUGUGCUUUUCGAGGUUGAUACAUUCAUUUGGAUUGUGAAGCAUUUAGAAUUUGCCUAAUAAUCAAACGUCAUGGCUGUGUUAUAAAACAUGAGUGCUAGGGGUGUGCAAGUGGUUCUUCCCGAGACUGACUGGAUAAUGAGAAUGAGAGAGUUUAUUUGAUU